GCUGCAGCAGCAAACCCUUGCAUUUUCGCUCGUAAAAUAUCUCAAUUUGAUAUUCUAUCAGAGCAAUCGAAUCACAGAAAAAAGGGGGAAAAAGAGAGGAGAGGAAGGAGAAGGGAUGCCGGGACUAACGUGCAACGCUUGCAACAAAGAAUUCGAAGACGAUGCCGAACAAAAGCUCCAUUACAAAUCCGAGUGGCACCGUUACAAUCUUAAACGCAAGGUUGCUGGUGUACCAGGAGUGACUGAAACACUCUUUCAUGCUAGGCAAUCUGCACUUGCUGAUGAGAAAAAGAAGCUAAAUGAGACUCCCAUGCUUUAUCGCUGUGGCCUUUGUGAAAAGGCGUAUAAAAGUUUAAAAGCUCUUGAACAACACUUGAAAUCUAAGAGUCACUUACUGAGUGUUUCUGAAUCAAUAUGCCCCACGGAUGAUGGGAGCUGUACAAUCAUCACACCUCUUACUCGCCGUACUCCAAAGGAACCUUUGCAUCAUGUGAUGGAGGAAGAUGAAGAAAGCGAGGAGAGUGACUGGGAAGAGGUGGAUCCUAAUGAAGAUUUACUUGGUGAAGCCAGUGACUCGUUGAAACAAUUACAAGUUAAUGAGAGUGCUUCCAAUGACGAUAUGGAUGAAGAUGGGGAUGAUGAUGAGUUUCAAGAUUUUGACCCAUCGUGCUGCUUUAUGUGUGAUUUGGAGCAUGCUACAAUUGAGAAAUGUAUGGUACACAUGCACAAGAAGCAUGGGUUCUUCAUUCCGGAUAUUGAGUAUCUGAAGGAUCCUAAAGGUCUUCUUACAUAUCUGGGACUCCAGGUUAAAAGAGAUUUCAUGUGUUUGUACUGCAAUGAAAGGUGUCACCCUUUCAGUAGUUUGGAGGCAGUUCGGAUGCAUAUGGAGGCAAAAAACCACUGCAAAGUGCACUAUGGUGACGGAAGUGAAGACGAGGAAGCAGAGCUUGAAGAUUUCUAUGAUUACAGCAGCAGUUACGAGGGAACUGGUGGAAACCAACUGGUUGCUGCUGAUGACAUGGAGAAUGCUAUUGCACUUGGUAGUGGUGGCUCUGAGCUUGUCAUCACCAGGCGCAAUAGCGGUGCAACAACCACAAAAAUGCUUGGAUCUAGGGACUAUUUGAGAUACUAUCGCCAGAAACAUCGUCCCACAGCCUUACACAGUGAGAUCACCACUGCAUUAGCUUCUAGGUACAAGAGCAUGGGCCUAGCAACUGUGCAGUCAAGAGAGCAUGUAGUCCGGAUGAAAGUACUGAAGGCGAUGAACUCUACUGGUGUUGAGGCUAUGCGCUCUAAAAUGGGUAUGAAGAGUAAUGUCAUUCGCAACCUCCCCAAGAACUGCACGUAUUAGUCCCCGCGAUGAGUUGCUGUUGUUACAGUAGCAUUUCGUGUGGCAAUAUUCCCCCAUCCUUCCCAUUCUCAGCUAAAAUUCGUUACCUGCAGUAAAAAAUUUGCUGCAUUGAGAUUUGAGAUGCCAAAAUAUUGUACGAGUAUGUUCGGUUGGUGCUGUAUACGACAAUAUGGCUCGAUUGUGAUGUCGUUUUCUGUUUGGGCCUGAAUCUUAAAUCAUGUCAGGAAUUUGGUGAAACAUUGAGUUUUCUAUAGA